UCGCUCCACCGAAGAGAGCGAGUAGCCCGAGGCCGCUUUGUCGUCGUUCCCCUCGACAAGGAAAGGCAAGAAGCAGCGCCGUAGUGUCCAAACCACGCCCUCAUCCCUCCCCCUUCGCUUCCGAGUAUAAAGGGGAGAGAAGGAGCUGUGGAUCGUCUCACCCGCUGCUGCUCGACGCGCUUCUCUCCCUCCGUUCCAGGUUCGGCUCAAGAUGACUUGGUGUACAUGAAUUUGAUUGGGAGGUCUUUUUGUCAGUGCUAGUAGAGUUCCCCUUCUCUGUUGUACCAUUGAUUCGAUGAUGGACAUGUGGUUUUGCAUCUUGCUAUUAGUUUCUGUUCUUAACAUUGGAGGAGCUCUAUCAGAUUCAACAUAUUUAAUUGGGCUUGGGAGCUAUGACAUAACAGGACCAGCAGCUGAUGUCAAUAUGAUGGGAUAUGCUAAUGCGGAACAGAUUGCCUCUGGCGUCCAUUUCAGGCUCAAGGCACGGACAUUUAUUGUUGCAGAGCCAGGAGGGAAUCGUGUUGUUUUCGUGAACCUUGAUGCGUGCAUGGCAUCUCAACUUGUGACGAUUAAAGUGCAUGAGAGACUAAAGUCAAGGUAUGGGAACAUGUAUAAUGAAAAAAAUGUAGCCAUCAGUGGAAUUCAUACACAUAGUGGUCCUGGGGGUUACCUCCAAUAUGUUGUGUAUAUUGUAACAUCUCUUGGAUUCGUUAGGCAAUCAUUUGAUGCCAUCGUUGAUGGCAUCGAGCAGAGCAUCAUAGAAGCCCAUGAAAAUCUCCGACCUGGGAAUAUCUUUGUUAACAAUGGAGAGCUCUUGGAUGCUAGCAUAAAUCGUAGUCCUAGUGCCUACCUAAAUAAUCCUGCUACAGAGCGAAGCCACUAUAAGUAUGAUGUUGACAAAGAAAUGACUUUGUUGAAGUUCGUAGAUGAAAAAUGGGGUGCUGUUGGGAGUUUUAACUGGUUUGCUACUCAUGGUACCUCAAUGAGUCGUACAAACUCUUUGAUUAGUGGAGAUAACAAAGGAGCUGCUGCACGAUUUAUGGAGGAUUGGGCAGAACAGGAAGGUCUUCCAAAAGGAAGUGACAGUAUAUAUCAUGGUGCAGUUGUGACUGGACCCAGACAUAGCAGAUUUUAUCGAAGAGUUUCAAUCAUCAUUCCUCAGCCACAUGAGAAUGCUUAUGAGUUUGAGCAGCUGGCAUCCUCUUUCCCGGCAUCAGGUGGAAGGCAUUUAGCAAGUUCUAAAAGUGUCUCACAACGUGUCCGAGAUAGGCAAGAUGGCAAACCUAAAUUUGUAUCAGCGUUUUGCCAAUCAAAUUGUGGAGAUGUAAGUCCGAAUGUGCUUGGGGCAUUCUGCAUCGAUACUGGACUCCCUUGUGAUUUCAAUCACAGUACCUGUAAUGGGAAGAAUGAACUUUGCUAUGGACGAGGCCCAGGAUACCCAGAUGAAUUUGAAAGCACAAGGAUCAUUGGUGACAGGCAAUUUGUUAAGGCUGUUGAACUCUUUGAUACAGCUUCUGAGCUGGUAAAAGGAAAAGUCGACUAUCGACAGACCUACUUAGAUUUCUCAAAGCUAGAGGUCGCCCUUACAGAUGGAGAUCAAAAGGUUGUUAAAACAUGCCCUGCGGCCAUGGGGUUUGCUUUUGCUGCAGGAACCACAGAUGGUCCUGGAAUGUUUGAUUUUAAGCAAGGGGAUGACAAGGGUAAUGCUUUCUGGAAAUUAGUGAGGAACAUACUGAAAACACCUAGCCAGGAGCAAAUUGCUUGUCAACAGCCAAAGCCAAUUUUACUUGACACUGGUGACAUGAAUGUACCAUAUGAUUGGGCGCCUUCAAUACUUCCAGUACAAAUAAUCCGAAUAGGACAGGUGGUCAUCCUCUGUGUCCCUGGAGAGUUUACUACAAUGGCUGGAAGGCGUCUCCGAGAUGCGGUGCGAACAGUACUUACCAGUGAUGGCAGUGGUGAAUUUGGUAGUAAUGUUCAGAUUGUCAUUUCUGGGCUGUCAAACACAUACUCACAAUAUGUGACCACAUUUGAGGAGUACCAGAUCCAAAGAUAUGAGGGAGCAUCAACACUAUAUGGUCCACACACACUCAGUGGUUACAUUCAGGAGUUCAAAAAACUUGCUUCAGCCCUUCUAAAUGGCAAAAGCUUUGGAUCAGACUUGCAACCUCCGGAUCUCUUGGACAAACAAAUCAGUCUUCUUCCUCCUGUUGUCAUGGACGCAACACCAGCUGGCGUUAAGUUUGGUGACACCAGCGCAGAUGUUCCUGAAAACUCUACGUUCCGGCCCGGCGACAUGGCGACGGCCACAUUCUGGUCUGCUUGCCCGAGGAACGACCUCCUGACUAAGGGUACAUUCUCUCUGGUGGAGUUCUUAGACAGCAGCACUUGGGUUCCUGCAUAUGACGAUGAUGAUUUCAGCUUGCGCUUUAAGUGGUCUCGGCCUUCGCAGCUCAGUUCUUAUAGCCAUGCAACGCUGGAAUGGCGAAUCCCUGAAACGGCUACUGCGGGCGUCUAUCGAUUGAGGCAUUUUGGUGCGUCGAAGAGUCUGCUUGGGAAAAUUAGCCAUUUCACUGGCACUUCUCGCGCCUUUGUUGUUCUUUAGCAAGCUUACUGCAUCCCCAUUAGCUGGCUUUCUUGUCACCUCAUCAAUAAUGCAGUAGCUGAAAUCUUUUGCAGCCACUUUGAGGUACAAAGUUCACUUGAUGUUUCGCUUGAUUGCAUAAAGGUCGAAGCGUUGCUGAGUUCA